CCCGAGGCCGGUAGCUUUUGACGUACAUUCCUUCCUCACUCCAGCAGCAACGCCUCACUCACGUCGUCGCCAUCCAACCAGCCAUCACGACAGCCCCGCCACACCCACCGAGUGACUGUCUCAACCCCCACCGUGACUUCAUUCUCCAGCUCAGGUACUCUCGGAUAGCUACUCCAAUACCGCGGGGGAAACCAUUACUCAAAAUGAGUGCACAGCUUACACAAUUCGAGGAGGAGAAGAAGGCCUACCAGGAACAGCUGGACAUCGUCGCCACCUCCCUCAGCGAUGACCCCGAGAACGCCGAGCUGCUCGCCCUCAGGGCUGAGCUGGAGGACAUGAUCAAGAUGAUCAACGACUCCAUCGCCGACAUCCAGCCGAAACGUGCUGCUGCUGCACCUGCCCCAGCAGCCGCCCCCAAGAAAGACCCAGCCCCGGGGGACUCAAAGCCAGAGAAGUGGUCGCGCGAGAACCACCCGGCCUUCAAAAAGGCCGCACAGGAGGAGAAGGACAGGCAAGAGGCAGCUGCCGCCGCCGCAGCAGAGUCGGCUAUCCCCAUCUCCUACCAGGUCAAUGAUACAGUCCUUGCUAAGUGGGUCUCGGGUGACAAGGGAUUCUACCCAGCACGCAUCACCGCCGUCACCGGAUCCUCCACACAGCCCAUGUAUACCGUCAAGUUCAAGAGCUACGACACGAGCGAGACCCUGCGCGCCAACAACAUCCGCCCCAUCAGCAACAAGCGCAAGGCCGAUGGCACCGCCCCAAAUGCAGGCCCUGCCGCCCCAGGAAGCGGCGGCGUCAACAGCCCGGCCGCCUCUGGAUCAACGACACCGGGUGGAUCAACGAGCGUGAACAACGGCAUUGUCCUUACCUCCGCCCCAAGCGUGUACCCACAGGCCGACAAGAACGCCGCUGCUGAUGGCGAGAAGCCCGCCAAGAAGUUCAAGAAGAUCAAGGCGAACAAGGAGCUCGAGAAGGGCAAGUCCAAGUGGCAAGACUUCAACGCCAAGUCAAAGUUCGGCAAGACACAAAAGAAGGAUAGUAUGUUCCGAACACCUGACGGCGUUCACGGCCGAGUUGGGUUCACCGGGUCUGGCCAGACCAUGCGCAAGGAUCCCACUCGAAGUCGUCAUGUUUACCAACCAAAUGAGGACAUUGACUAAGUUGAUUUUCUGCUGCAGGACCUUCCGUGCCUUGGACAGACGUCUUCAAGAUCAACAACUUUGGAAUUCCGGCGCAGGCGGGCGGGACCGGCACCUUGCCGUGGCUUUUGGUCGGCGUUGGGGUCUUGGUGGACUUUCUACUUUACGGUAAAACACCUCUGCUUUGUCAUAUGGAGGCUAACUCGGCUUUUCUUCUCCUACGACAAGACACCAUGUCCCGGCCUUGGUCAGGCUUAGCAUACUCUGUUCAUAGGAACGGGCUUGCCGUGUGUCUCGGCACACCGGCCGAGCUCACCACACGGCCAGUAGCACAUAUCAAACAGCGUGGUUUUCCCAUAGCGCUUCUCUUUGGAUCAAUACUAAGUUCCCGCAGACUCUUGAUUCUAUGUUUCAUCGUGUGCCAAGACUGCUGGCGAUACCUGCGCCAACCCCGGCAUGGACUGGUACCCGUCUCUUGCUUGAUAAUGGCCGUUGUACUUGACAACAUACUGGUUUCAUGCGGGAUCCAAGUAGUCAAGUCGCAUAUGGGAACACACUCUGGUCCAUACCCGAGAUAUACUCCUGAUGUGGCGUUCUACACAUUUGCUUCUCCGAGC